CUUUCGUGGCCGGGAAUCAUCUUCAAAAGCGAAUCGCAAAACCCCACAGAGGACUGAAACAAGUGCUGAUUCACCGAAUCGACAACAACGGCCAGAAAAACGCAGCCACGGAACCAGGGGCUUGCGGCCGCUUCAUAUUUUGCCAGCGAUGAUGUGACAUUUUUUUCGCUCAACUUGCCCAAAACCUCUUAGAACACCAAGCCGGCCGCAGCGGCACUGACACCCAAAUUCAAUCUGUCGCGCUUCUCUGCUCCUCUGAGAUGGAGGGCGCUUUCACCCACCUCGGAAACCACCUCGUUUCCGAUUCUGCUUCCGCUAUCAAGGCCGGUGGCUCCGACGAGCUGUCCAACAUCGACCCGGACGAGAGCGUGCUCUACGGCGCUUAUGGGGGACGCGGUGCUCGCACCGGUCUCGGUAACGCGCGCCGCCGCCAAGAUGACGACGACAACGAGAUUGAGGUCUUUGACGACGACGAUGAGAGUCUCGCCAGCGUUCCCGUUGAUGGCAUGAAGGAUCUGAAGCUGAAUGCUCCGGAGGAGGAGAAGGAGCUUCCCGCCCACGCCUGCGCGUACUGCGGCAUCCACUCUCCGGCAAGCGUUGUGAAGUGCCUUGCUUGCAACAAGUGGUUCUGCAGCUCUCGCGGCAACUCGAGCUCCUCGCACAUCGUUAACCACCUCGUUCGCGCUCGGCACAAGGAGGUCCAACUCCACCCACAGUCAUCCCUGGGCGACACGAUUCUCGAGUGUUACAAUUGCGGAACCAAGAACGUCUUCAUGCUCGGCUUUAUUCCCGCCAAGUCUGAUACGGUCGUGGUUCUCCUCUGCCGACAGCCCUGUGCCUCGAGCACCUCGACCAAGGAUAUGAGCUGGGACAUUUCGAGAUGGCAACCUCUCAUCGAAGACCGCUCCUUUUUGAACUGGCUCGUCCAGCCGCCCACCGACGCCGAGCAGCUUCGCGCACGGCACCUCACGCCCCCAAUGAUUGUAAAGCUUGAGGAGAUGUGGAAGGAGAGUCCCGGCGCCACCGUGGCCGACCUUGAGAAGACCGCCGGCGUGGAUGACGAACCCCUUCCCGUGCUGCUGAAGUACGACGACCCAUAUCACUACCAGAACAUUUUUGGCCCGCUUGUCAAGAUGGAGUCAGACUACGACAAGAAGCUCAAAGAAGCGCAGGGAGAGGACAACCUCCAGGUGCGGUGGGAUGUCCAGCUCAACAAUAAGCACACGGCAAGCUUCAUUCUCCCUAAGAUUGAAUCGGGUGAUGUGAAGCUGGCAGUGGGCGACGAGAUGAGGCUGAAGUACAAGGGCGAUCUCCGCCCGGCGUGGGAAGGCGUGGGCUAUGUCAUCAAGAUUCCCAACAACCAGUCCGACGAAGUCACGCUCGAGCUGCGCAAGUCAGGCAACGACAAACUGGUGCCGACCGAUGUUACUACCAAUUUCUCGGCCGACUACGUUUGGAAAGCCACGUCAUACGACCGGAUGCAGUUCGCCAUGAAGACGUUUGCCGUUGACGAAAUGAGCGUCUCGGGCUACAUCUUCCACAAACUUCUGGGUCACGAAGUUGCGGUUGCCCCGAUGAAGACGCCGAUGCCUAAGAAGUUCAAUGUCCCGGGCCUGCCGGAGCUGAACCACAGCCAGAUCACGGCCAUCAAGACGGUACUGUCAACGCCUCUCAGCCUGAUUCAAGGACCCCCGGGCACCGGAAAGACGGUCACCUCGGCCACAAUCAUCUACCAUCUGGCCAAGAUGAAUAACAGCCAAGUCCUAGUUUGCGCUCCAUCCAACGUCGCCGUGGAUCAGCUCUGCGAGCGGAUUCACCAAACCAAGCUCAAGGUCGUUCGCUUGACUGCCAAGUCGCGCGAGGAUGUGGAGUCUUCUGUCAAAAAGUUGUCACUUCACGAGCAGGUCAGAAUGCGAACUUUCUUCGCAGGACGAAAAGAAAUUCAAGCAGCUGACGCGGGCAGCCGAGCGCGAGAUUCUCAACAAUGCAGAUGUCGUGUGCUGCACCUGUGUUGGCGCCGGCGACCCGAGGCUCUCAAAGAUGAAGUUCCGGAACGUUCUGAUCGACGAGUCGACGCAAUCUGCCGAACCAGAGUGCAUGAUUCCUCUGGUUCUUGGAGCCAAGCAGGUGGUGCUGGUCGGAGACCACAAGCAGCUUGGCCCGGUUAUCAUGAACAAGAAGGCAGCCAAGGCAGGUUUGAACCAGUCGCUGUUUGAGCGGCUGGUCAAGCUCGGCUUGACCCCGAUUCGGCUGAACGUGCAGUAUCGUAUGCAUCCCUGCCUCUCCGAGUUCCCGUCCAACAUGUUCUAUGACGGCUCCUUGCAGAACGGUGUCACGGUUACCGAGCGUCUCAGGAAGGAUGUCGACUUCCCGUGGCCUGUUGCCGAGAUGCCCAUGAUGUUCUGGUCGAACAAUGGCAAUGAAGAAAUCUCGGCGUCCGGCACGUCUUACCUCAACCGCGCCGAGG